UUUUUUUUAUUUUCUUAACUGUAAACGAUUGUGACUAAAAAGAAAAAAAAAUGAUGUAAAGAUGACCUUAAUAAAUAUUCCCGUGUUUGACAACACACCCUAUCUUUUAUCACGCACCUUGUACUCAUUAAAACAAAACAAAAAAAAUACACCUUUUAUGAAUUAGUUUCAACAUUGACGAUCUCGUUGUCCACUUUCCUUAUGACAAGAUAUAUCCGGAACAGCACCAGUACAUGUGUGACUUGAAGAAGUCGCUUGAUGCCCAAGGUCAUUGUGUAUUAGAAAUGCCUUCUGGUACUGGUAAAACUGUUUCUUUACUCUCCUUGAUUGUCGCUUACCAAAUGCAAUAUCCAGAACAACAUCGAAAGUUUAUUUAUUGUUCACGUACAGUACCUGAAAUUGACAAAGCAUUAGCCGAAUUAAAACAUUUGAUGGCGUACCGAAAGGAGCAAGGUAUCGAAGAAGAUUUUUUCGGUGUUGGACUGACAUCGCGUAAAAACUUGUGUUUGAAUCCUACCGUAGCCAAAGAAAAGAAGGGUAAAGUGGUGGAUUCCAAAUGCCGAAAUUUGACAGCAAGUUGGGUUCGUGCUAAGGCUGGCAAAUUGAAGAACACGGAUCCCGAUGCCAUGGAAGUGGAUCAACAACCUGUAGAGCUUUGUAAUUUCUAUGAAACACUCGCAGCAGCGAAUUCCCCAAACCCUAUUCCCAAUGGCGUAUAUACUUUAGAUGAUUUGAAAGAAUACGGUAGAAAAAUGUCAUACUGUCCAUAUUAUCUUGUGCGACGAGCACUCCCGUUUGCCAAUGUAGUGAUUUAUUCAUAUCAUUACAUGCUGGAUCCAAAAGUAGCUGAACUCGUAUCAAAAGAAUUAUCACGCGACUGUAUUGUUGUAUUUGAUGAAGCGCAUAAUAUCGAUAAUGUCUGUAUUGAAGCUCUUAGUAUCGAUCUUACCCGACCCAUGUUAGAUGCCAGUGCAAGAAGUGUAGGCGUAUUAGCAGAGAAAAUUGACGAGAUCAAAAGGACGGAUUCACAACGAUUAAAAAACGAAUAUACAAAAUUGGUGGAAGGAUUACGAGACGCUAAUACAGCAAGAGAUGAAGACACAUUUAUGGCAAACCCCAUCUUACCUGAUGAUUUAUUAAAAGAAGCUGUACCGGGUAAUAUUCGUAGAGCAGAGCAUUUCGUGGCGUUCCUUCGAAGAUUUAUUGAAUAUUUAAAGACACGUCUGCGUGUGAUGCAUGUGAUUGCAGAAACCCCCGCUUCCUUUUUACAGCAUUUAAAAGAUGUCACCUAUAUUGAAAGAAAACCAUUACGUUUUUGUGCAGAACGUCUUGCCAGUCUUGUCCGUACUUUAGAAUUAACAGAUUUAGCCGAGUUCUCCAGUUUGCAAAAGGUCGCUUCGUUUGCUACACUUACAUCGACCUAUGAUAAAGGUUUUUUAUUGAUUUUGGAACCUUUCGAAACAGAAACUGCUACCAUUCCUAAUCCCGUCUUGCACUUUACUUGUUUGGAUGCAUCGAUUGCGAUUAAACCUGUGUUUGAUCGAUUUAGUACGGUCGUGAUUACAUCGGGUACAUUAUCACCGCUGGAUAUGUAUCCCAAGAUGCUGAACUUUCAAGCAGUGGUACAGGAGAGUUAUGCCAUGACGUUAUCACGUAACUGUUUCUUGCCCAUGGUGAUCACGCGUGGAUCCGAUCAAGUUGCGAUCAGUUCUAAAUUUGAAGUACGUAAUGAUCCUGCUGUUGUACGUAAUUUUGGACAAAUCAUGGUGGAGUUUGCAAAGAUUGUGCCUGAUGGUAUGGUAUGUUUUUUCCCUAGUUAUUUGUACAUGGAGUCCAUUGUGUCUAUGUGGAACGAUAUGGGUAUUUUAAACGAAGCGUGGAAGUAUAAGCUUAUCUUUGUGGAGACACCGGAUGCGGCCGAAACUAGUUUAGCAUUGGCGAAUUAUCGAAAGGCGUGUGAUAAUGGACGAGGUGCGAUUUUACUUUCGGUAGCUCGAGGAAAAGUGUCUGAGGGUAUUGAUUUUGACCAUAAUUAUGGUCGGGCAGUGAUUAUGUUUGGUAUACCCUAUCAGUAUACCGAAUCACGUAUAUUGAAGGCACGUCUUGAGUAUUUGAGAGACCAUUUACACAUUCGAGAAAACGAUUUCUUGACUUUUGAUGCUAUGCGUCAUGCAGCACAAUGUGUAGGAAGAGUUUUGCGUGGUAAAACAGAUUAUGGUCUCAUGGUGUUUGCAGACAAGAGAUUUGCUCGAGCUGAUAAACGGGCUAAGUUACCUAAAUGGAUUAAUCAAUAUGUAACGGACGCUUCCACUAACUUGUCGACGGAUAUGUCACUUGUGAUUGCCAAAAAGUUUCUUCGUUCCAUGGCACAACCGUAUGAAUCCAAUCAAACGGGUGUUUCUCUUUGGACUCUUAAAGACAUUGAACGUCAAAAGAAAUAAUAUAUCCUUUCUCAUUUUUUUUUUUUUUUUUUUUUUUUUUUUUACAAGUUGCUUUAUUAAAAACAGUUUUUUUUUAUCAG